AAGGUUAUCGAAUGAAACUUUGAUCGAUGCCGCCUCCAUUUCUGGAUCGCUUUCGGUCACUGUUACGUGUUCCCUAUAGUUUGUCAUUUAUCAUUGACGGCUGUUACCGAAUCCCGAUCGGUGUGUAGUUAGUGACAGAUAAUAAUGCAAUCACCAGCCUCGCUGUGGUGCCCAUUUUCAAACGCGUGAGCCAUCGAAUUUUCCCGAUAAUCAAUUUUCGAGAGAGAGAAACUCGUGAUCGCGUUCGUAUCUCUCGAGUCGAUUGACCUUAUCACGCUUGCCAGAUUAGCGUCAAUCGUUCGGACAAGUGUUGCUGCCAGUGUCAGCCGAUGGUGGAUAUAUUCUGUAUGUUGUCUGGAAAAUGAUGGUUACCGUGGUCCAGGCGAAGCUCGCGUCGAUGAUAAUCAUCGGCGUUGGUAGCUUCGUCGUUGGCGUUGCACCGACGUGUUUUGUCUCGCGUGUGAGAUAUCUUCAACAGAAUCUGUUUCUCUCCUGCACUUUGUGCUUUGGCGGUGGUGUUCUGCUCGCAACUUCUGUUCUGCAUAUGUUACCGGAAACUCGCGAGUCUAUAUCCAAAUAUGCGGAAUUACUCUUUUCCAGUGGUUUUCUCCUUCUCUACCUCAUAGACGAAUGUGUCCAUUAUUUUUGGGGCAGUGACGAUCGGCAUAUCUCGCAGGCACGUCGUUACGAGAAUUUGGACUGGAACAAUGGAAAUCAGACCGAACGAUGCCGGAGUCACUCGCAUCAUGUGUGCUAUGCCGCAGCCACGCGAACUGCCAGAGGCAUCCCCACGUCCGACUUUAAUCCGAAAUCGUCUUCUCAGACGAGUCUAGACGGAAACGGAGCGGCUAGCAACUGGAAAAGCACCAGCUACGGGGCGACGCAGUAUGUCGCGAGCGCGCCGGCUCGUUACAACGACGAAGAGACAUUUUUAUGCCAUGGCAAUCAUUCAGAGCCGUGCGCAGAUUCCAACACCAACCUCGUGGGUCUUUUAUUGGCGCUCACGGUCCACGCUGUCCUCGAGGGGCUGGCGGUUGGCCUACAAAAGGUUACAUCCGAGGUGUUUCUGUUGGUUGGAGCAGUGGCUUCCCACAAGUUCGUCGUCGGAUUUUGUUUAGGAGUAGAAUUAGCCGGGGCCGACAGUACCAUUCCUAGGCUCGUACUAGCGAUCUUUGUGUUCUCCGCUGGAUCUGCAAUUGGUAUAGGAAUUGGAAUGUUAACGUUCAAUAUGAAGAACAAAUGGACAGAGGUAGCUGUACCAAUUCUGCAAGGUAUAGCAGGUGGAACAUUAUUGUACGUGACGGUUAGCGAGAUCUUGCCAAGGGAGAGAGCGAGAUGGCACAGAAAUCCGCGACGGUCUGCCGGUAUUCUACAGUUCUUCUCCGUGAUCCUUGGCUUCGUUGUCAUCUUCCUUUUGAAUAACUACGUGGGCACGUGAACUUACGACUCUACUUCUGCCCACUUUCUCAUAAAAUAAACUGUCGUCGAAAAACGAAUUUCAAUGGUAGAAGGUAUCAGGAACUAAAAGGGGGAAGAAAAAUAUGUUACGCCAGCUUCUGGAGUAAAUUUACUCGAGAGGCUGCUAUCUUUGUUCAUGUUUAAAUGCGAUUUUCAGAUACGUGGAAUAUCGUGUCGGGGAAAGAGUGAGAGAAUGAGAGAGAAUAGAAAGAGGGAGAGAGAGAGAGAGAGAGAGAGAGAAAGGUGGGAGAGGGAUAUAGAAAACUGGAGUAAUUGAAUGAGAAGGAGAGAAAGGGGAAAGAUAAUAUCCUUUAAAAUAUUGUAUAAAAAUAGAAUGUUGCAACGAAAUCGAUAAAAUGUUUUAAUUCUCGUUCCUUUUUUUUUUUUGGUACGUUCGCAAUUCGUGUUUUAAAGAGUGUACGAUGCGAGUUACGGUAUCUGUAGCUUGAAUGUUUGAAUGCGACGGAUUUGUUGAAUAUGCGAAAUUUAUAAAAUCUAUAUUUUAAAAUUUAUAUUUUAAAAUCUUGUAAAUUAAAACUUUUAAAAUUUACGGUUCAUAAAAUAAAUUAAUUUUACCAAGAUUAUAAGAUUGUAACAUAUGAGACGCGACUACAAACUUUGUAUCGAUGAAUAAUUAGGGAAUAAUGUAAAUUAUUAGUUUCGUUCUGUCAAAUAAAAUUUACCGAGAUAGAAUGAAUUUAUUCAUCGAUAGUCGUUUCUGCCAAAUAAUAUCCACCGACAGUAUUCAGUAGUUCUUAAAAUGUUAAUUAUUUAGAAUUAUUUAGCGAGAACAAAAUCUGUCUUUUGUAUUUUUACUUGUACUUGGAGAACAAAGCAAAGUAAAAUCAUUUCCGCUGUGUACACGCAAGAAUUGGUAAAUACACAAACGCACAAACAUUUAGUUAAAUCUUUGAAUAAGAUUUUUUUCUCGUGAAAAUUAAUUCUUUCAAUAAAUUCUGUUCUCGAGGAAGUUACGGUUUUUUAAAUCUAAGCUUUGUUAUUUAAGCUUUUAAGGAAAUGAGGUCUCUCGAGUUGGCUUGCCUUCGAGAUCUACCUGGCGAGUCCUCGCUUCGACACCAGAUUACGGUUGCCUCGAAGCAAUUUCUAAGAAAUAGGAUCAAGAUUUUCAAAUGUCUGACAGGUUCUCGAGUUUCGAGCAUCUCUCAUUUUUAAGUAAAUUAUUCACCGGCAACGGGCAUUCAACGUUAUUAUCGUUGUCCUAUUAUCAAAAUUAAUUUCGCUCGAUGUGCCGUCCGAGUUGAAAUUAAUCCGAUUUUGUCUCGGGAAAUUUGUUAUUACAGGAAUUAUGAUUCGUGAUCGUUAUCGCGAGAAAUUACCUACAAUUUAUUUCGCUAGUUCCGCUUUAAUACAGCCAGACUCGAAAGCGAGUUAUUUAUUUAGUACCCAUCUUGUAAAAUUGUAUUUUUAUUAUAGGACGAUCCCAGCGAGUGGAAAUAAAUGAUUGAUACAAUAAUACAGGGGAUAUUCGACAAUAAGAAUAAUGAAAUAAAUAUCGCACAAUAAUACACGUCAAAAUAUGAGAUAUGAAG